AUGUCAGACACAAAUAUAUUUGCUGAAAAUGCUGCCAUUGAAAAAACAAUUCCUUUGGACUCUAAGGGAGAACAGAAUAAAGCAAUCACAUCACUGAAGAAGGACAAGUCAAACAAGAAAACAUAUACUGGUUGGGGUUCUGAAGAGUUAAUGCGACUCUUGUCAAGUUCUGGAAAGGACACGUCAAAAUCUCUUGAUGAAGAUGAAAUUGUUGGAGUUAUCAUGGCGUACAUCAAAAAGAAGAAUUUGUUCAAGAAUAAUAAGAAAAAGUCUUUCUUGUGUGAUGAAAAGUUGCACCUUUUGUUUGGGAGAAGAAAAGUGGGUUGCAAAAGUAUCCGUAAGUUUCUAGCAGUUCAUCUAGCUGCAAAUUCUGUUUCAGAGGAUGAAAUUUUUUAUGGUUCCAAAGAUGAUGAUGUUCCAAUUAUGAAAAAGAAACCUCGUGUUGAUGGUUCUGAAGAUGAUGAUGAUGAUGGUCUUAUUAUGAAAAAGAAACCUCGAAAUAGUAUAGACUUGAAGAUUGUUAAGAGGUUUUCAGAAAGAAACAAGAGAUGUUUUGCUUCUCUUAAUGAGAAUAACAUAAAGCUUAUUUAUCUGAGAAGAUAUGUAGUUAUCGAUCUCUUGAAUCAUCCAGACACAUUUGAUCAGAAAGUUGUUGGAUGUUUUGUCAGAGUCAAGAAUGCCCCCAUAGUUCACAAGUACGAAAUGCCUAAAAAUCCAUACCAGCUUGGGCUGGUGACAGGCAUCAAGAAAUCUUCAGAAGAAUACAAGAUGAAAGACACAUGUACCAAUAUUCUCUUAUGUGUUACUGGUUUAUGGGAUGAUGUCAAGAUCUCAAUGCUCUCCGAUGAGGACUUUACGCAGGAGGAAUGUAAUGAUCUUGUUUCUUCAGUGAAAAAUGGACUUCUGGAAAAGCCUACAAUUGCUGCACUGGAAGAGAAGGUGGCAACUGUACAUAAGGACAUAGUAAAUCAUGUAAGUGCACUCAGAAAUCAAUAGAUGCCAUUA